UUCCGGGAGGGCGGACUGGCUGGGGCGCAUAUCCGGUGGAGAUACCUGAGCGGACAGGUUCCAGAGAUGACCACAAACCUCGCUCUCCGACGUCUAUGCCCACCACUUCCAGCCUGAGAGCGCACCUGAGACAGGGGCGAAGACCAGAGCGACCCAAAUAAAGUAUGUCUGGGGGUCAGGGACUGGCCCACCCCAUCGAGGCCAGGACGCUGCUCUGGCAGGAGAGCAGGGAACGAAAUCCAAGCGCAGCUGGAAUGCUCUGGAGACAACAGCUGCUUUUGGGAUUCCGUUGCCCGCUGUCCAGCCGUGGGCGGGGGGGCGGGAGAUAACCCCGGGAGGAUGGUGGUCCCUUACCCUGGGGCCAGAUCAGGAACCACCCCGCCCCCCAUUCCCAGUACCAGAAGACUGACCUAGGAGUGGGCGGUAAAGCCGAAUGUAGUGGGAACGAGGCGCUCACCUGGGCCCCUAAACAAUAGGAAGAUUGGUAGGGGCCUCCCCUGGGACCGGUCCCGAUCCGGAUUAAAUCCGCAGGGUGGGAUUAUUCCUGUUGGUCUCAUGAAGCCAGGCCACCCGUGCGGUGACGGUGGCGGGGAGGGCUUCGGGAUCGGCCAAAAGAGAAGCUCCCCCGUGGGGCCGGAGAGGAAGUAAACCCGCGCACUCGCCUCGGGGACACCCCCAUACCCAGGGCCCUUCGUCCCGUGACUCUGCCAGCGCCCGGAGCGCUGGGUGGGUGGGGGGGUGCCCAAUGGCGGCGACGGGACCCCUGGGAAUCCAUUGCGAACGUCCUCCGCCGUGCCGAACCUCCCUCCCGGCCCAGUGGGUAGCAGACGCGUCAACGUUCCCUUGAGGCCACGACACGGUGGGGGCGCGGAGAUCCCCGAAAGCCGCGCGGGCACCAGCGACUGUCGCGCCCGUAGGCCCUCUGAUUCGGCUCAAGACGGGGGCGGGGGGUCGGGGAAUUCUCGGGCCGCGAGCAUAGUGAGCGACGACAGGGCGAUGCUCCAGCCGCUGUCUAGUUCAAUAGCUGGUCCCGUUCGGCCGGGUCGAUCCCACCCGAAGAGCCACAAUCAUCCCACCGCGGCGUCCCCUUCCGCUUGCUCGGGCCGCAGACUCGGAGCCAUUUUAAGGAGAAACCACUCAGCCACGCCCCCACGCGCUCCCGACAAGCCAAUCCACGCGCAGCCACGCCCCGGGAGACGCGCGGCGGCGACGCCAACGGUCGCGCGGGCGACGGUUGGGUAGGGGCGUGAUUCGCGGAAGAGCAAGGGAAACCUGAGCCUGCCGCCCCGCCCUGGGAACCCGACGCCCUAAAGCCUGGGAUUAGGGGUUUGGAGGCCGGCCCCACGCCCUGGCCAGGUGUGCGGGACUCGACCAGGUGCGCCGCCGCUCCGCCCCAGGCCCCGGGAGCCCUGCGUAAUGGCUGAGAGCCGGGAACUAGGUUGCGGCGGGGGCCCAGGCAGCUCUCUGAGGCCGGCCACGCCACCAGGUGUCUGGCUCCCCCAGGACGGUCUGCGGGGGCCCGGGGCGGGGCGGGCGGCAGGUGCGGACACCGGAGCCCCGCUAGGGGACGGGCCCUCCGGGGACAAUUGGCACCGGCCGGUCCCUCAAAAUCCCGCGCUGGGGCAGCCGGCCUGCGCGGUGCCCUCCGGCACCUAGGGGGCGCUGUGGGCGCGCUGCGGAAGGUUCAGCCACGAGCCCGCUGACCCGGCGCGGACAUCCCGGCACGCCGGUCAGCCAUGGUCGCCGCGUUCGUGCUUCGCGGCCUGUGCGGAGCGCGAGCCGUGCUACGCUGUUCCCCUGCGGAGCUGCUGAGGGCCCCACGGCGGGGGCACCGGCUCACGCCGGCGGACGACGAGCUGUAUGAGCGGACGCGCAUCUCUCUGCUGCAGCGCGAGUCCCCGCAGAUCAUGUAUAUCGACAGCUACAGCAGCCGCGGCUUCAUGGUCAACGGAAAUCGCGUGCUUGGGCCCUGCGCUCUGCUCCCGCAGUCGGUGGUGCAAUGGAACGUGAGCAGUGAGGCAGCGGAGGGCCGGAGUCCCGGGCCUGCCCCCCGAUUCUGUCCCUCGCCAACUUGGGCUUUUCCGUUGCUCGUUUGGGGCUCAGGUAACGGCUCUGUGGGGGAAACCGCGCGAGCUUGUUUAACUUGCCUCCUCCCAACACAGGUAGGAAGUCACCGGGACAUCACUGAAGAAAGCUUCUCUCUCUUCUGGUUGCUGGAGCCCCGAAUAGAGAUUGUGGUGGUGGGCACCGGAGACCGGACCGAACGGCUGCAACCCCAGGUGCUGCAAGCCCUGAGGCAGCGGGGCAUCGCCGUGGAAGUGCAGGACACGCCCAAUGCCUGUGCCACUUUCAACUUCCUGUGUCAUGAAGGCCGAGUAACAGGAGCUGCUCUUAUCCCUCCACCCAGAGGGACAGCGCUCACAUCCUUAGAACGAGCUGCAGAAUGAACUGCCAGGAAUUGACCUGACCUGUCCAGGAGGGCCCUGGCACUUUUUGCAGAGCGCAGGAGUUUCCAGCGCUUUCAUUAGCCCUUCCUCUUUGGCACUGUAACGCCUUUCUUGCCAGCAAAUUAAUAAUUUAAUCCACUUGUCCCA